UGAUGAAUAUUCUGUAAAAUCACUUCAAUCUGCAAUUAAUGCACUUAAUCAGUAUUUUAAUGGUAAGACAAGCAAAAUUAAACUGAUUGACUUAAAUGAUAAAAAGACACAUCCUGAUCUUUGGCCCAAAUGUCCUCCUAAUGCUGAUCCUCAAUUCUAUCUACAUUCUAUAAAAGGAAUUUAUGUAGAGUCAUAUGAUAUUGAUAUUUCUGGUCAUAAAAUAUCAAACCAAACUGGGCAUAAAACUUUAAUACAACUUUUAAAAUCUCUUGGUUUAUCUGAUUAUAAAACAAUGUCAAUUUCACGCCACAAAUCACAAAAAGGGUUAGCAUCUUAUGAACAUCCAAUUAAACAUGUGCAAGAACUUGGAUAUCAGGCUUUGAACAAGGCAAUUAGUUAUCAUAAUAAAGAAGUAAAUG